CAUGGCGCCAUGUCCACAACAAAAGGAAGUGAGCCUGGACGCGCAUUAAAAUUCACUGUUUUCUGAUGCCUAUAUUUGCUAAAAGCGAAUGCUUUCUCCGUUUUCUAGUCAUUGGUUAAACUGAAGAUUUUAAAAGCCACCACAGCCACGAAGAACAUGGCAGAAUAGAUUCAACCGGUUGUUCUAAAUCCUCAUAGUUGCUGAUCCCUCUGUUGGGCCCUUUUGGGCCCCAGAAGAGGAUGCACCGCUGUGGGGACAAAGACUUCCAGACGUCAGCACGGAAGAUGGGCACAUCCCUACUUUUUCAGUUGUCUGCUCACGAGAGAGAGCUGGAUUUGGUGUUCCUUGACCACAGUUAUGCCAAACCAUGGAAUUCCCACCCAGAUGCCAGUAAUGCCCGGCCUACGAGGACACUCUUUGUUACCCCCCGGCGUCAGCCUGAAUCAUCGUUAGAGUCUGAUCCAUUAAUUGAUGUGGAGACAGACACACCCAUACCUGUUCCACUCUAUGACAACCAUAAAGCUCUUAGUGUGAUGAAGGAGUGUGAGCGGCAUGUCUUGUUUGCUCGCACUAUUGCUGAUAGCCCACCACCUCCUGACGACUGGGAAGAACACAUCAACAAAACUGGAUGGUCAGUGGCACAGAACAAAUUGUUCAAUAAAGUGCUAAAAGCCUUGCAAGCUGAAAGACUAGCCCGGCUGGCCAAUGAAAAUGCUUCCAAUGAGCCAGUCCUGCGUAGGAUUGCUGUGGACAAGUGUGCCAGGAAGGUACGCCAUGCACUAGCCAGCGUCAGUUGGGACACCAAACUGACCCAGUGGCUACAUAACACCCUGAUUGAAUCUCUGAGUCUUGCCAUGCUGGCUGCUUACCUGGACGUGUUGCAGACUCUCAAGAGCAAGUUGCCAACGUUGAUUGACCGAAUGCUACUGACAUCAUCAGCCAAGACUGGUACACCGAGUGUAGAGGCCCUCUCUCUGUUACUGAAACGUCCUUGGGAUCCAGCUGUGGGGGUUCUUUCUCACAACAAACCGAGCAAGCUUCCAGGCUCCCCGCUCAUCCUGAUUGCUCCAUCAGGCCCUACGAAUCCUGCCCUCUCUACCUCACGGCGAAUGAGAUUCUGGCAGUCUCAGCUCUCCUGCUUUGGAAAGGUAAUCCCAAUAAACUCUCAUGUGAACAGCGGAGCCAAUGUUGGCAUCACUCAGUGCUUGGAGCACAUGUUGGGCACCGUCAGAGCCAAAGUAAUGGAAGUUCACAGUCACUUUCCUCACAAACCCAUUAUCCUGGUUGGCUGGAAUGUUGGCGCUCUCAUCGCUUGUCAUGUAUCUCUUAUGGAGUACUUGACUGCUGUGGUAUGUCUUGGCUUCCCCCUGCUAACUGUCAAUGGACAAAGAGGGGAUGUGGAUGACCCGCUGCUAGACAUGAAGACCCCGGUGCUGUUUGUGGUCGGCCAGAAUGCCCUGCAGUGCAGCAUAGAGUCCAUGGAGGAGUUCAGAGAAAAGUUGAGGGCAGACAAUAGCAUGGUGGUGGUGGGAGGAGCUGAUGACAACCUCAGAAUUAACUCAACGAAGAUGAAAAUGGAGGGGCUGACACAAACCAUGGUGGAUCGCUGUAUUCAGGAUGAGAUCGCGGACUUCCUGACAGGAGUCCUGACAAGGGCAGAGGGGCAUGGUUCAAGUGAAAUGAGGGACCUGGACACAGAAAAGAAGAAGAGGUCUCGGCGGGAGCUCCCAUUCGAUAUAGAGAGAGGACGACCCUCCUCCCCUGCUCUGAGACUUCCUAUCUCGCCCUCAGGCUCUGAGGAUCUGUCCAGUGUCUGCAGCAGUCCCACUUCAAGCCCCAAACCAAAGACAUCCGGUUUGUCUCCAGCACAGAAGUCCAGUCUCAUCACAGCCACGCAGCUCCUCAAGACACACAUGCAGCGUUCUGGUGCAGUCCUCACACACAAGCAGGCUCAAGUGCCAUUAUCCAGUGAUCAGACAGAGGGCCUGGAUAGAGAUGAGCUUCGGUCUCAUGGUAAGAGGCGGCAGACACCCAGCCCAACCCCCAGCAAAGCUGCCAAGAGAGCCAAGAUCAAGGUCACCAUUGUUUCCCAAGGUGAGGCAGCAGGGGGCGCCAUGAACCCGGCUGCCCAAGAAGUGGGGGCAUCUGGAAAGCCCCUGGCUGUGACAGUGGGCCAGACUGUGGCUGGAGCCAAAGAACUGUCUGGACUCUUGACAGCCCAACGGUCUGGUAGUCUCUCAGAGGUGUCUAGUUCCCUGUCCCUGGGCUCCAGCUCAUUCAACAGUGUGCAGCCUUGCAUGGUGUCAGGGUCCUCUACACCAAUCCAGGCACAAACUCCUGCUACUGCCCAAGCACCUUCCGCCAGCAGUCUAUUACAAGGCCUAAGCUUCAGCCUUCAGGAGAUCGUCACCAAAGCACCUAGCUUGUCCUCUGCAGCCGCUAACACAGACAGCGGCCAGGCAAUUGGUGGGAAGGGUCAGGUUCUGCACCCCAGCGGUACCAGCAGCAGCACUCUUCUGCGGGCAGUGCCUGUGGUCUCUACAGGGGGGUUAUCUAAAACCACUGCUAUCCAUCAGCUACUUACCAACGGCGGGCUUGCCAAACUGGCUAGUAGCUUACCUGGUCUAGCGCACAUCACCAACCAGAGUGCCGUAGGGCAGAAAGUCCCCACCUCAAUAACGGUGACGCUGCGAGGAGGACAACCAAGUAGAGCAGGAUCCCUAAGCCAGGUCGGCGAGGCUCUGACACUGGCUAGGACCCCCGAUCCCAAGCAGUGACAGCCUCGGCGUUGCGGUUGCCAGCCUGUGAGACGCCUGACAUAACCCCAUCAGUGGCCAGGGGAACCGUGACACGCUGAUAAGAUGAGGCUGCCUCCUCCCCGUCCUGACACACGGUGUGACAAAUGGCACACGUCCCACCGUGCAGCAGAGCCGACCGCGACAUGGCGGUCACCUCCAACUAUCAGAGGGCCUCUCUGCUGGAUCGGUCGCCACCGCAUUUUGUGGAUGAGUGUAUGCUGCGCCAGUAAGCCAUCACACAGAGGGUGUGUGUGUGUGUGUGUGUGUGCGCACGCUCCCUGCCUGUUAGUCUCAGUUCCCUUUCAACUCCUUAUGUUUCAACGGAACAACCAUGAAUGAUGAAAGGCAGAUACACGAGGGUUUUGUCGUUUCUGUGGGAUGCUGCAGCCCAACUGUGUUGCAACAGUAAUGUUUAUCGGGCCUACAAGUUAUGUUCGAGUUCACGUGUCUUUAUCACUUGUCUCUCCCAGUUCUUUAUUGUCAGUAGUUCUGCUUACCUGGCGAUCUCAACUUCCUGCUUUUUGUGUAGAAAAUCUUGAGGUCAUAUCUUUCUUUUGAAAAAAAAAAUAUACACACACACACACACACACACAUAUAUAUAUAUAUAUAUAUAUAUAUAUACACACACACAUAUAUAUGUAUAUAUAUACACACAUGAGAUGACCAUACAUUGUAAUAGAAGGGAGGGCUUAAACAAAGUGUUUAUUGGAGACUCGACCAGUUAACCAGUAUAUUAUGUUGCAUCUUGCCUGUAAUUUAGUAAUUGAUUAUCCAAUGAGCACUUAUUGUUUCAUUAAUUAACUAAAAUCUGCUUUAAGUUGUCAAGAUAACCACUAAAUGAUGUUCAGUGUCAGCGGUAUUUAUAUGAAAAUUUCAAACCACCCGGCGUUAUCUGUUAUCUGAGCAAUUUAAGUGGGCCGUUUUUGUCAAACUGUAUGUUCUUUUUUAAUGAAAUCUGCCUUUCUUACAGCACACCAUUAUGCCAGUACAAAAUGAUACCACCUUUGCUUUUUUUUUGUAUUUUUUUUUUGUGCGUUUGUUCUGAACCUUUUGUCUGAGAAUCGAUGGUGAAAAAGGAUGCCCGAGUUCACUUGUGUGCUGGUUUUGCUUGUUAAAAGAUUUGCCCCAGUGGUCAGAACAAUAAAAGUGGUUGAAGAA